GGUAGUAACAUAAACUAACACCCAAAGGUAAUAUUGUUUUAUAUCGCAUUAAAAUCACAUUGUUUUGUCACACUGUAACCCGUUAUUACUCGCUGUCUAUGUUUCUGUAUAAACAAAAUGGAGAAGGUGCUUAGCAUGUUUGACGCCUUUGAGGAGAUAACUUCUAACCGGGUAAUGGACUACAAUGCCGAAGGAUUUACAACAGCACCCGCCUUAGUUGGUACCUCAGAACACCGCCUGGCGUCACAAGUGGUCCAGGAACGUUUACCAGCUGGUAAAAACUGCUCACAUCAUAGGUUAAGGCCAGUUACCUAUGAAACGCCGCCAUAUGAACCUGGAGAACCAGCAAGAUCUUACCCAUUCACUCUAGAUGAUUUCCAAAAACGAUCUAUUGAAUGCCUUGAAAAGGGUGAAAGCGUAUUAGUAUGUGCACAUACAUCUGCUGGAAAGACGGUGGUAGCCGAAUAUGCCAUAGCUAUGGGCCUCAGAGAUAAACGAAGGAUCAUAUACACAAGUCCCAUCAAGGCAUUGAGUAACCAAAAGUAUCGCAACCUAUGCGACGAGUUUGUUGAUGUAGGACUCAUGACGGGAGAUGUAACACUUAACCCAGAUGCAUCGGUUAUGGUCAUGACAACGGAGAUUUUAAGGUCAAUGUUGUAUCGCGGUAGCGAAAUAGUGCAGGAAAUGAAGUGGGUUAUCUUCGAUGAAGUACAUUACAUGAGAGAUGCUGAGCGCGGUGUCGUGUGGGAAGAGACGAUUAUACUAAUACCGCAGAAAGUCAACUUGGUGUUUUUGUCGGCGACCAUACCCAAUUCAAUUGAAUUUGCUGAAUGGAUAUGCAGAAUUAAAAAUAUGCCAUGCAAUGUCAUCGCUACUGAUUACAGACCGACACCUUUGCAGCAUUAUAUAUAUACGCAGAAGUUAAAUGGAAUUAAUCUGGUGCUGGAUGACUCUGGGAGAUUCAGACAAGAUGCAUUUAACAAUGCUAUGAAAACAAUAGAUAAUAUAGAAGAAGGCCGGCGCAAACGUGUGAGAAAUACUAAAGAAAUUGAAGAAGUGAUAACCAUGUGCCAUGAAAAGAAAUUUACACCGGCCAUUGUGUUUGCGUUUUCCAAAAGUGAAUGCGAGGCAAACGCCACUGUGCUCAAAUCACUGGAUAUGACUGACGAAGCUGAGAAGACACUUAUCACUGAAAUAUACCAAAAUGCAAUGGCUACACUAGCAGAUGAUGAUCGCAAGUUACCGCAAACAGUGUUCAUGCUACCACUACUAAGACGAGGUAUUGGUAUCCAUCAUGGAGGGCUCCUGCCAAUCAUCAAGGAGAUUAUAGAAAUAUUGUUCCAGGAAGGUCUGAUCAAGGUACUAUUCAGCACGGAAACCUUCUCUAUGGGAGUUAACAUGCCAGCCAGAUGUGUGGUGUUCACUAACCUGAGCAAGUGGGAUGGACAGACCAAUAGACUCAUCACCUCGGGUGAGUAUAUACAAAUGGCAGGUCGCGCCGGUAGAAGGGGUCUUGAUGAACAUGGUCUUGUUAUCAUCAUGAUGGACCGUGGCAUCAAACCUGAGGAAGCUAAAGCCAUUUUCAUGGGUAAAGCCAACAGGUUGGACAGCUCAUUUCACCUGGGAUAUAACAUGCUGCUCAACCUCAUGAGAAUAGAGAAUACGACACCAGAGUUUUUAAUAGAGCGAUCAUUCCUACAGUUCCAACGCGAUAAGCACUCGAGAAAAUUCCAGGAGCAAUUGAUUGAAGUGCGUCGUGAAAUUGAUGAAAAACGUUCCAUGUUAAAAAAUGAGGAUCUUGUGGAACUCACCAGGUUAUAUACACUACGUAAAGAGUUGGCACAAGUCAAGGAUGCCAUUAGCCAAGCGGUGGCAAAGGAUCUUCGCAUGCUUAAUUUCCUUAACUUUGGAAGACUAGUGAGGCUUGAACGUGAUGGCCAAACCUGGGAAUGGGGAGUUGUCUUCGCCACGCCACAAUUAAAGAUUAGACGUAGUUCAUAUGACAAGGAACGUGUAUACAUCGUUGACUGUCUGGUACUCUGUGAUCGUGAUAGCGUCAGCGGUAAUCGGACCCAUGAACCAUUGCCUACAACGAAUAUCAACCAAGGCAUCUUCGUGGUAGUCCCAUUCGCCAUAGACUGUGUAAAAGAAAUCGCUCAGAUACGCAUGAAGGUCCAAGAAGAUUUCAGGGUCAAUAGUGACCUUUGUCAAUCCACAAUGAGGGCCAAGUACGCACAGCUAAUGGACCACAUGAAAACAUUGCCACAACUACCCGUUUUAGACCCUGUGGAACAUAUUAAAAUAGACACGCCUGAGAUGAAAGGGUUGUUGGAAAAGUACAAACAGCUGGAAUCCGAGAUUGAUAACUCGCGGAUUGUACUGACUGGGGAAUAUGAACAGAAGUACGAAGUAUUCAUGGAAUAUGCAGAGGCACAAACAAAGGAACGAAAUAUACUGGCCAAUAUAGAAGUAUCCCACCAAAUUGUUAUGAAAGAUGACCUAAAACACAUGAAAGGAGUUUUACGUGACCUUAACUACGUAGAUGAAAAUGGAAUAGUAACACUCAAGGGAAGUAUCGCAUGUGAAAUCAAUGCAACAGAUGAACUUGUGGUAGCUGAAAUGUUUCUACGCAACUUCUUCGAAGAUUUGGAACCCGAAUACAUAUGUGCGGCGCUAAGCUGCCUUGUUGUCGACGACAAGAAGGGAGAGAAAUUGCCGAAGGACCAAAAGUUACUGGAAGCAUACAACAGCAUACUGCAAAUUGCCAAAGAUAUCGCAACUGUGAUGGUGGCUAACCGCCUAGACGUUAGGGUGGAUGAUUUUGUCAACAAGUUUAAACCAGCGAUGAUGACUGUGGUACUAAAAUGGGCAAACGGACUAUCAUUCGCAGAAGUUAUGCAAGAAUCAACGCUGUUCGAAGGAUCUGUAAUUAGAGGAGUUAGACGACUAGAAGAGCUUUUAAGACAGUUGGCCUGUACAUCCCGAAGCAUAGGCAACCUACAGAUGGAACAGAAGUUUGUUACAUGCAUUAAUAAGCUCAAAAAAGGUAUCAUUUUCACAUCAUCACUCUACCUCUAGAAUCAUCAAAUGGGAACGCCAACUCGCGCUCCAUGGACUCGUGGAUGAUAAAGUCACUCACAU